AUGUCUGGGACUGUAGAGGCAUCGCUGCUGCCCCCUGUGCCCCGCGAGCAGCCACGAUGGGUCGGAGGCGUGGCGGCAAUGAUGGCAGUGUGCAUCACGCACCCGAUCGACCAGACUAAAAUUCGGGCUCAAACGCAAAAGGUCCGACAUGGCAUGCUUGCGACUAUGCGCAAUACGGUACAAGCGGGCGGUAUACGCGAGCUCUGGGUGGGGCUAUCGGGUAGUCUUGUCAGGCAGGCGACGUACGGAUCGGUCCGGUUCGGCACGUACGCCGAGCUCAAUUCGAGGGAUAGCAAGAAGCGCAAGCGGUUAGGGAGGGGUGAUGCCACCGCCUUGGAGCUUAUCAAGAAUGGGGCAAUAGCGGGGCUGUUUGCGGGUGUAGCGGGUGUGCCAGGAGAGCUGGUACUGGUUCGAAUGGCGGGAGAUGGCGUCAAACCCGUCGAGAAACGCUUAAACUACCGCAACGCCUUCGAUGGACUGUAUCGGAUAUACAAAGAGGGAGGCGUCAAGGGGAUGUUCAGAGGGGCUGUACCGACUACAGCUCGGAGCGUACUAUUGAACUCGGCGCAAUUGUCUUGUUAUGACCUCAUCAAGCGGCGUCUACUCCUCACUGGCUACUUUAACGACUCUAUACCCUUACAUCUACUCACUGCGACCCUUGGCGGUACCAUAUCGAUCACUAUCUGCACGCCGGUGGACGUUAUCAAGUCGAGAGUACAGGCGUCGACGGGCCAAACAACACUCGCACAGGUCAUCGCCAAGUCACUCAAGACGGACGGGAUCACGGUGCUGUUCAGAGGCUGGCUCCCAGCGUGGCUGAGGAUGACGCCGACAACGGCGCUGACGUUUGUCUUCAUGGAGCAGAUCAAAAAGCUGGUAUAG